UUCCUCCUCUCUACUCCCCCUCCCCCACCAAUUCCUCAGCUCCAAGAGAGGCAGAGAGAGAGAGAAGGAGAGAGAGAAGGAGAAGAAGAAGAAGAAGAAGAAGAAGAAGGGAAGGGGAGAGAAGGAGAUGGGGAUCGUGGAGGAGGCGCAUAACGUUCGGGUGGUGGGGAGGGGGGAGAGGACGAUCGUGCUGGCGCACGGGUUCGGGACGGACCAGUCGGUGUGGAAGCAUCUGGUGCCGCAUUUGGUGGAGGAUUGCCGGGUGGUGCUGUUCGACAACAUGGGGGCCGGGCCCACCAACCCGGACUACUUCGACUUCGAGCGCUACGCCACGCUGGAGGGCUACGCCCUCGACCUCCUCGCCAUCCUCGAGGAGCUCCGCAUCGCCUCCUGCACCUUCGUCGGCCACUCCGUCUCCGCCCUCAUCGGCGCCAUCGCCUCCGUCUCCCGCCCCGACCUCUUCUCCAAGAUCGUCAUGCUCUCCGCGUCCCCCAGGUAUCUGAAUGAUGUGGACUACUUCGGGGGAUUUGAACAGGAAGAACUGGACGAGCUUUUUGAUGCCAUGAGAUCUAACUAUAAGGCAUGGGUAUCUGGAUUUGCUCCAUUAGCUGUGGGAGGAGAUUUGGAGUCGGUAGCUGUUCAGGAGUUCAGCCGAACACUCUUCAAUAUCCGUCCUGACAUUGCCUUUAGUGUCGCACAAACAAUAUUCCAAAGUGAUGUAAGGCAUCUCCUAGGCCAUGUUACAGUACCUUGUCACAUCCUGCAGAGUAGCAAGGAUCUUGCAGUGCCUGUUGUGGUAUCUGAGUACUUGCAUAAGAACCUCAGGGCUAACUCCAUUGUUGAAGUUAUGCCCUCAGAAGGCCACCUUCCACAGUUGAGCAAUCCAGAAAUAGUCAUUCCUGUUCUGCUUAGGCACAUACGGUUUGACAUAGAAGUCUAAGAAGACUCCACAGAGCUAAAAUAAGCUGUGUAUUCUCCCCUUGUUAGCAGCAUAAGAUGCUCUUGUUUGAAUUGCAAUUUGCAAAUAAGAUUUCAGACUUUCCAAAACUGUUGUAAUGCUAGGCAAAGUCCCAACUGAAGUUGUAUAUUAACAUUGCAGAUAUUCUGUUACAGGCCCACCUUCUUCUGUUGUGAAGUUUGCUUGCA